AUGAGGUUCUGUGGUACUGGAUUAAUUUUGGGUGGAUUCACUGCAUGGAACCUUCUGACCAAUCAGGCCCACAUGGCUGCAGCUGUGCCAAAUGAUAUCAAAUCUUCCAAAUGGAUGGCAGAACCUAUCACAAGUAUUGAGGAACUAAAAAAGAAUCCUGAAUCAAUGAGAACCAAAAUGGAGCUACUUAUUAUGCGAAUACAAACUGAAGUUUGCCGUGCAAUUGAAGAACUUGAUGGAGAGAAAAAGUUCAUCGUUGAUAAAUGGGAACGAGCUGAGGCCAAUGGAGGAGGUGGAAUUACUUGUGUUCUCCAAGAUGGUACAGUCUUUGAAAAAGCUGGUGUAAAUAUAUCUGUUGUACAUGGCCAACUACCUCCUGCUGCUGUGAAACAAAUGAGAAGUCGAGGCAAAAAUCUCACUGGAGGAAAAAAACUGCCAUUUUUUGCCUGUGGAGUGAGUUCUGUUAUCCAUCCUAAAAGUCCUCACGUACCAAUUAUCCACUUCAACUAUAGAUACUUUGAGACGAUCAAUCCUGAUGGUUCUGUCCAAUGGUGGUUUGGAGGCGGCACUGACAUGACUCCAAUCUACUUAGUUGAAGAAGAUGCAGUACAUUUUCACAAUACUUUGAAGGAGGCUUGCGACAAACACAAUAAAAACUUUUACCCUCGUUUCAAGAAAUGGUGCGAUGAUUAUUUUGUGGUGGAACAUCGAGGUGAGAGACGUGGCAUUGGUGGAAUAUUCUUUGAUGAUUUAGAUGAUCAUGAUCCUGAAGAGCUCUUUAAAUUUGUUCAGACUUGUGCAGAUGCUGUGAUACCAUCUUAUGUACCAAUAGUGAAAAAGAACAAGAAAAAAGAUUAUUCUUACAUGGAAAGACAAUGGCAACUGCUGAGAAGAGGUCGCUAUGUAGAAUUCAAUUUGAUUUACGACCGUGGCACGAAAUUUGGCCUGAAUACUCCAAAUGCUCGCUAUGAAAGCAUCCUCAUGUCAUUACCUCUUUUUGCUAAAUGGGAAUAUUGUCACAAGCCUGAACCAGGUUCAAGAGAAGAAGAAAUCCUCAAAGUUUUGAAAGAACCCAGGGCUUGGGUAUAA